AUGGGUACUAGCAUAGUAAAUCUAAAUCAAAAAAUCGAGUUGCCCCCGAUUCAGGUCUUAUUCGAGUCACUAAACCGGGAAAAUGAACCAAAACCACACUUCGAGGAAUGCAGGUUAUACCAACCUAACCCUUCAUUUGUUCCCAGAACAAACAUAGCAGUCGGUAGUCCAGUUAACCCGGUUCCGGUAUCAUCCCCUGUUUUUUUUAUUGGUCCCUCUCCAGCGAGAGGCGUCCAGAAUACCAAUGCUAUGAUGAGCCAAAACAUACGCCAGUAUCCAGUUGUAUAUAAUAAUAACCGGGAAGUUAUAUCUACAGGUGAGAGAAAUUACGUAAUAACUGUAGGUGGACCUCCAGUAUCUUCUUCGCAGCCUGAGUAUGAGCAUCUUUCAACUUCUAACUACUACCAAGACCAGAGAGUGCCGCAACCCUAUGCUGUAAAUGCGACUACAAUGGUAGGUCGCUAUGCAAAUCCUCAGCCUAUUAGCAUUUCAAGAGGUAAGAUGUUAUCUGGCAACAUAAAUAUAAACACAGUCCACGGAUCUAGUAAGGAGUAUUCCGCAAGAGAAAAGAAGCAUAAGGCCCAUGGUAAAAGAUCUAAUUUACCGAAGGCCACUGUUUCUAUUCUAAAUAAAUGGUUACAUGAGCACGUGAAUAACCCUUACCCAACCGUGCAGGAAAAAAGAGAGCUGCUAGCGAAAACUGGUCUUACUAAACUUCAAAUUUCAAAUUGGUUCAUCAAUGCUAGAAGAAGAAAAAUCUUUUCUGGCCAGAAUGACGCAAAUAAUUACAGAAGAAAAUUCAGCUCUUCCGCAAAUUUAACUAAGCUUUGA